AAACAGAACACUUCUGCUAGUUUUCAUGAACAGACCGAAGCCGAAUCAGUAUUAGUCGAAACAUUAACUACUGAAAAUACUGAAGUUCCAGUUCCGAGUAUAAAUUUGUUUGACUCAAGUACGCCUGACUUAGAUUUAGGUGAUUUAAACACAGGCCCUAAGCAACCAAUAUUAAAGGUUUAUCCAAAAACUAAAUUUGGAUCUCAAAAUAGAUCAUUUUCUUCAACAUACUAUAAUGAUUUUAAUUGGAUAGAAUAUAGUAUUCAAAAAGAUGCUAUUUUUUGCUAUCCUUGUCGCAUAUUUGCUGUAACUUCUGGCCACAAUGAAGGAACUUUUACUAAAACCGGCUUUAAUAAUUGGAAAAAGUUAAGUGGAGCCAAAAAUGCUAAAACCAAAAAUUCUAGGAUUCAAAAACAUGCAUAUUCUGAACAUCAUUUAACUGCUAUAGUUAAAUGGAAUGAAUAUAAAAAAUCAUGUCAAUCUGAUAAUAGUAUUAUUUCCCAAUUAACAGCUGCUCAUACUGAACAAAUUAAACAAAAUAGAGAGUAUAUGAAAUGUAUAAUUGAUAUUGUUUUACUACUUGGCCACCAAGGCUCUGCUUUUCGAGGCCAUCGUGAGAAUGAUACUUCACAUAAUAAAGGUAAUUUCAAAGAAUUAUGUGAACUCAUGUCAAAGUAUUAUCCAGAAUUUAAAAAUAAAUAUUUUAACGAUGUGACAAACCACUCUAGUUGGUUAAUACAAAAUGAUCUGAUUAACUUUUGUGCUGAAAAUGUAAAAAGUACUAUCAUCAAAGAAAUACAAGAAAGUGGAAUGUUCAGUAUUUCUUGUGAUGAAGCUAGGUGUCACAAACAAGAACAACUAUCAAUUUGUAUUCGGUACCCAAAACAAUUGGAAGUACAAGAAAGAUUUUUGUGCUUUGUCGACGUUUCAAGAAGUCAAAAUGCUGAUGCAUUAGUUUCUGUAUUACUUAAUUUUAUCAAUUCAUCAAAUUUAGAUAAAGUACCAAUAAUAGGUCAAUCAUAUGAUGGAGCAAAUGUGAUGUCUGGGUCUAAGAAUGGUGUGCAAACAAAGCUAAGAGAAGCUCACCCUCAAGCUAAGAAUGCUAUCUAUGUGCACUGUAUGGCACAUAGAUUGAAUUUGGUGGUAGUUGACAUGUGUAAACAUUUAAAGGAUGCAAGGAACUUGUUUAAUGGGUUAGAAGCUCUUUAUGUUUAUUUUUCACGACCCUCUACAAAUUUUAAACUUUGUGAAAUGCAAAAAGAGCUAGGAUUAACUAAAAUUACUCUUUCCCAAUUAAGUGACACUCGAUGGGUCUGUAGAUUUAAGAGUUGUGAUACUCUUAUUAACAAUUAUAAUGCUAUUGUCAAUGUUUUAACUAAUGAAAUUGAUGAACAGGAGAGUAAAGAUGUCGCUCAAGCAAUUGGCGUUUUGACAACUAUAAAAAAUUUUAAAUUUAUUAUAUAUUUGUUUAUACUUCAUGAUGUUCUUAAAUUAAUAAAUAUAUUGAGUGUACAAUUACAAUCAAAACUGGCAACAUUAGGAAGUUCGGCAUGCUUAAUAAAUGGAGUUAAAGAAACUUUGAAAAAAAAUCGCACUCCAGAAUACUUUGCAGAAUUAUGGGAAAAAAUUAUUAAUUUUGCAGAGAAUAAUGAUAUUUCCAUCAAUAUUCCCAUAGGUUCUAAAAGACGUAGAACAGAAACAAAAACCCUCAAGGAUUACCAUGUUACUGUCACAACUGCGGCUGAGAACUCGUUAUACGAAGACGAUUCGUCAAAGAAAAAAUAUUGGGAAGAGCAUGCUAACUAUCCAAUAUUAGAUGCAAUUAUAGUUAGUUUGAAUAGUAGAUUUUCAGAGGAGAGUUUAAAAAUUUCAAUAGCAAUUGAUGAAUUAUUUAAAUUAAAUUUUCAAAAAUCAUCUUUUCUUAUUGAUUAUUAUAAGGAUACUUUUGAUAUCUAUUCUUCAAACUUAAAAUGUGAAAUAAAUGUAAUGAAAAACAUGAUGAAAGAAGUCAAUUUUGAAAAUAUCAAAAAACAUCUAAAUGAAGAAGUAUUUCCUAAUUUAUUUAAAAUUAUGCAAGUGGCAAUAACAUUACCAGUGAGCUCGGCCACUUGUGAAAGGUCCUUUUCAACUAUGAGAAGGAUCAACACAUAUGUCAGAGCUAACAUGACUCAGGGCCGAUUUACUAAUUUAGCAAUAUUGAAUAUCGAAAAAGAUAUUAUAGUAGAUACUGAAAUAAUAUUAAACACAUUUGCUAAAUCCAACCGACGAAUACAGCUCUAAAAAUGUAUUGGGCACAUUUUUUUAAAUAAAAAUUUGUUCUAUAAUUAUAUUAUUUUGUUGUUACUUGUUGCUCUAAAGCCAUACAUACAGUAUUAAUAAUUCCUAUUGUUUUCCUAAAAUUUAUGUGGUGUAUAAUGUAUAAUUAUAAAUAUAAUUUUGACAACUAUUAUAAGUAGAUGAAAUAGCACAUUUGAAAAAAAUAUUUAGUAAGUUUUAUUUUCAGUCAAUAUUGUAAUUAAGUAAGCAAUAUAAGAUAUACCUAUGUUGUACUAAAAAAAAUUUUUAGGUGUUAAAUACUUGUAUAAAUGCUUCAUUCAGUACCUAGGGCUUCAGCCCCCCCAAAUCUCAAACGCUAUUU